AUGAGAUUUCCUGCCGAGCUCACUCUCACCAUUCAACUGGCUCUCAACAUAUCUCCUCAUUUGUUGGCCCGUCUUACCCCCCAACCCCCAUCGCCCCCUCACGCAUCCUUUACCAGACGGUCUGACCUGAGGCAGGCACGCAGCAAGCCAUGCGUAUCAGGGAUCAUCCUUCGAGUGCAGUCGCCCGUCCGUCGCGUCGUGUCUUACAACCCGUGACGAGGGGAGGGAGGAUUAGGCAGUUGCAUAAUACAGCGCUGAGUAAUAUAGAGGCCCGUGAUUCCGACUGUACCACUUGGUUAUUCCGACUGUAGUGUAGUUCGGGCAUGGACCCAUAAAUUUCCUUUUUCGGAAUACUAACCUCCACACAAAA